GUUUUUACACACCUCUUUGGUGAUAUCACCAACAACCACUUUAUCGAGAAGAGCCGAGAAAUCUGACAGCCAUGGAGUACAACGCAAACGAGAUAGCCGGAUGGCUAUUUGAGGCUGAGCAGGAUUUUACCUUCGGGGCCAAGGCAGCAACCUGCCUGCAUCCUGCCACGAUUCAAGAUGCUGCAACAUCCAGUUCUCCCUUUGAACUUCCAGACUGGAUGGAGACCCGUGACAACUUGGGCCUCACCAACGAUGGUCUUUUUGAAGAUAUCAUGCUGCCAAAUAACUUAAAAGAUCUUCCCUCUACCACCACCCAAGUUCUGGCCUAUGGCAUGGAAGAGGAGGACUACAGCAAUACCAUCAAACCAGAAGACAUGCUUGUCCCUCUGUCCGAACUACAGCCCCAGGAAAGUACCCCUCCGAGAAUCUCAGUUCCAGUUUCUGAGCCACCCAAAAUUACCAUUAAUGUGAAGAAGGUCAUUGUACUACCUACAACAGCCAUGAAGAACAAAACUGUUACAAACUUCAAUAUUCCUAAAGCUAGCAGUAAUGUCCAGAUGAAUCCUGCUGUACCAUCACAAAAGACCCAGCUUGCUCAGCCUGACAAUCAAGACUCUAGUCUAGCUGAAGCUGAUGAUCUCCUUGAUGAAUGGAUGAAAAUAGUUGGGAAUGAACCCCAUUUGGGAGAGCUUGAUUCAUCAAUGGUAGAAGAUUUCCAAGACUUGCUCUCCCAACUGGAAACCCCUGAUUCUCAGUUAGAUACAUCAGAUGUCUCAUCAUGGGGAUCAGAACCUGCUUCCCCUGUUUCCCUUCCAUCGCCUGUACCAUCCUGUGGAAGUGUCUCUCCAGCUCAGUCUAACAAUGACUUGUCCUUCCUUAACAUUUACUCACCAAAAUCUGAGAAGUCUGGAGCUGGAGCAUCACCAUAUGCAGUUUCUGAAGUCACGUGGAGUCCAAGUGAAGCAUCCUUUGGAGUUCCUCCAUCACCUCUUACCAUCGACAAAUCUGCCCUGUCACCAGCAGAUGCAACACCCUUUGUUGAGGAAGAUUGGAACAGAUCAGAAUUGCAUUCUUAUUCACGUUCUCCCUCCAAAAGGAAGUCACGUAAGGCGAGUGCUCGUGUAGCACCCUAUCCAGAAAACAAACGUGAGCGUAAGAAGGAACAAAACAAGCAAGCAGCAUUACGCUACAGGCAGAAAAAGAAACAGGAAGAUGAUGAGAUAAUGGCUAAAAUAACUGCUGAAGAAGAAAGGCAGAAAGAGUUACAAGCAAGAUACAAAAACUUGAAGCAGGAGUUGACAUGUAUGAAGAAGAUUUUGAGGGAAGUCUUUAUAGCUACAGGAGUUGUAUCAGCUGAUGCUUUCAAAAAGAAGUGAAAGGAUCUCAGUACAAAUUUCACAAUAAUGAUUUUCUAGUAAUUUGGCAGGAUGGUGCAUUGCUUGACAUAUAAUAGAUUCACAGGCAAGAUGCUGUUUUGGCCCCUUUCUGUCCCUUAGGUUAAGAUGGUGUCGGAUUGAAUGCAUGGAGUGGAAUGAAUUGCAUCCUUUGUGAUGAAAGUUUUAAACUGGAUGAUAAGUUGAGGAUACAGUAGAUUCCACAUCAUGGUUCAACACAAUACGAAGAACAAGACAAAAGUUUUGAUCUUUAAUUAUUUGUUUCAGAUGUUCAAUGCAUUAGGACUGGAUAACUUUUGUCAGGUUCUGGAUCAUAAUUUUUUUAAUAGUAUAUUCAAUUUUAAUUAAUAGAUGUAGGUAAUCUUUUAUUUUAUGGUAUUUGUAGUAAAAUCAGUAGUAAAUAUAUAACCACCAA